AUGUACCGCUACGCACUCCUGUUGCUAGCUGCUUGCGAAAGCGUGCUAGCUGUUAAAAGUCCAGCUUGCUCCAGCGUCCCCUACAAACAGAUCGCCUCUUAUUCAACCAUCAAACCCGUUUCGAGCUUUUGUUUGUCAAAGUUUCCCCCGCAGACCCAAACAGCUAUUUCGAGCACAUCAACCACAACCACAAUCACUUCCACAGCUACAGUAACGGCUACAACCGAUACGACAACUACUCAGACUUCAGUAGCAACUGAGCUUACUACGGUUACUGUGACUGCCGCAGCCGCCAAGGCCAAGCGUGCUGCUAAGACAACUACUUCGUCAACGCAGACCGUCAAGACGACCACAUCUGCGCAGCCGUGUCCAGAACUUGUCGCUCUGCAACUUCUUGCUUCAAACAUCGUUGCAACGGCCUGCUCCUGCAUCAUCUCUACGCCCACUAUUACCUCCACAAAGACAGCCACUCUUACUGCCCAAGCUCAAGCAACCACUACUACAACGGUCGCUCACGUCCUCACCACCACGGUCACUACAACCACCACCUCGAUUGCUACCGUAACCGUUGCCCCUACUCCCGUAGAUUACGCUCCUGGCUGCAACACCCCUUCCGAUGUAGGCUGCUCAGCGGGGGUCGCUUGCGGCGGUGGAAACUCCAACAGCUGCAUCUGCGAACGAACAACCGAAGGUAUAAACACAUGUAUUGAUGAGGCUGGCAUAAACUGUGGCGCAGAAUGCACGAGCUCUGCACAAUGCGGAGUCGGAUACAGGUGUGUAACGUCGACAUGCUGUCCCGGGACAGGGACUUGUCUGAGGUCUUCAGCAGCCUUGGGCAAUGCAUGCACAAAUGUGGCGGCGAAGAUGAUACGCAUGCUGAGGGGUCACGUCGAGAAGCGCGCCGCUAUCGGCCUCCCGCUACACUUGCCGCCUACAUCAGCAUAAAGCGAUUAAUCGAGCAUACCUGUCUUAUGAUAAUUAUU